AUGAAAGUGCGACCAGUAAUAGAGCCAGUUGUAUGUGCAAUCAGCCUGUUGAGCUUGAAUUUUUUGGACUUCACCGUCUUUCGACUCGGAAGUUAUCGUUUGAAGGUUGUUCAUCAUGAAGCAAAGGAGAGAAGGAGAAAAAUGAGUGAUGGCGGUGGUGAUGGACAAGGGAAAGGCACUGGCGCUCGAAGCUUCGAAGAAAAAGGCAGCGCGCCGGCCCGAUGUUCGCCGGCGGCUACCCCACCAACGUUGACAGUGAAGGCGGGACAAACCAGGCCGUGCAGAGCCCAAACACUGCCUCGAGUCAACCCAACGCAAGAUAUUCUACUAUCGCGCGCAUCCCAGCGAGACCUUGCUUCAGACCUCGUUCUAGCCAAGAAGCCUCCAAAGACCGCAAAGAUGUCCGACUUCAACGCUAUUGCCCAGCAGUUUGUCAAGUUCUACUACGAGACCUUCGAUGGGAACCGCGCCGGUCUCGCUUCCCUCUACAGAGAAGCCUCCAUGCUCACCUUUGAGGCGCAAGGGACCCAGGGAGCGGCCGCCAUUGUAGAGAAGCUUCAAAACCUGCCAUUCCAGCAGAUACAACACCGCACAGACACCAUCGACGCCCAGCCCUCUGCUGAGGAUGGCAUCCUCGUCCUCGUGACUGGUGCUCUUCUGCUUGGAGGCGAGGACAAGCCCAUGAGCUUCACACAGGCCUUCCAGCUCAAGAACGACAACGGAGGCUUCUACGUCCUGAACGACGUCUUCCGACUCGUGUACCCAGCAGCCUAA